AUGUAUCAUCUACAAAGAAUAGCACAUGAUGUUUGGCAAGGUGAAAUGAUGGUAAAAGAGGAAACUUACCUAAGGUGGGUUGACAUUUCUCAUAUACUAAUGUUGACGGGCCUACGCAGAGGCUACCGCUCGACAGGUGCGUCCAAGUCAUCAUCAUCGUCUCCUUCUCACCCAAUCUCUACAAGAUAUUCAUGGCCUAAGCACUCUACUUUUGGAUCCCUUCCUAGAAGCUUCCUUGUGCUUCUAGAUGACCCACAUCACACCAGUCUUGUUGAUCUUGAAUCGCGGGAUGAUGACGCUCACUGCGCUAUACCAUCUAUAAAACUCAAAAGUCAUAUAACAAUUAGGGAUUUUGUAUGGCAAGAUAAACUUUGUAGCAAUAAAUCUAGUAGUGAAGUGAUACGAGGUGUGGGCUUCGUCUAUCAGAUCCCUCGAGCGCAGCAACUCGGUGUUGGGAUUAGUAAUAUAAAGUUGGUCGUACCUAAACUAUUGUGCAAAGUUGCAAGGGAGAUAUGGCUUGAUGUAGCACUCUGUCCCAUGAAAUUGAGCAAUGAGAUGCCCAGAGGAUUGAGUUCAUCUUCCGCGUCUGGUGUGAGAGAUUUCUUCUUUAGUGCAACAGCGUGUUUUCAUCGUACUGAUCAUACUCUCCGUCAGAGAGGAUUUCAUCAGUCAGAGAGGAUUUCAUCAGUUGAAGCCACAAAAAGACCUGUUGGCGUAUUACAUGUAAAGGUUGUGCGUGCAUUUAACCUCCUGAAAAUGGUUUUUCUUGGUAAAUCUGAUCCAUAUGUUAAACUCAGUUUGAGCGAAGAAGGACUUCCUUCAAAGAAAACUUCAAUUAAAAUGAGCAAUUUGAAUCCUGAAUGGAAUGAGAACUUCAUGCUCAUUGUGAAGGAUCCAGCAACUCAAGUCCUUCAGCUGCGUGUCUUUGCCUGGGAAAAGGUAAAAAUGCAUGAUAAGUUAGGAAUGCAAGUGAUUCCACUUAGUUUGCUCACUCCUUAUGAGACGAAGGAGUUCACCCUUGAUCUUCUUAAGAACUUGAAUCUUCCACUUAGUUUGCUCACUCCUUAUGAGACGAAGGAGUUCACCCUUGAUCUUCUUAAGAACUUGAAUCCUAACGAUCCUCAAAAUAAAAAGAACAGGGGUAAGAUUGUGGUGGAGUUGACAUUUGAUCCUUUUAAGGAAGAAAGUGGCAAGUUCAGUGGAACUUUAGAUGGAGACGGCCACAGCAGCAUUAGGCUGCCUGAAGAAACUUCAUCAAGUGGUGGUGGUGUUCUUUCUUUAACAAUUAUUGAUGAAGCUUGCGAUGAAGUUCAUUUAUUGAUGAAGCUAAGACUGAUGGCUGUUUUAUGUUGUGUGGCUGUGAUGUUCUUUUAUUGAUGAUUUCUCUGGUGGGAAUCUGUUUUUCUUCGCUGGCUGCAGUUUUCUUCGGAGAUUGCGUCUCCGGUUGCGAUCAUCUGGGGAAGCCAUAUAUUAAAGCAUCAACAAUAUAUCACUUUGUCAUUAUUUAUGAAUCUUUUUACUUUUUCCAUAUGAGAUAAGCUUAAUUAAGUUAUAAUG